UGUUUGGCCAGAUGUAGUAAAAUGAAAUAUUGUGUAUAUUGCUUUGUAUAAUUAUUUCUGAGCAUUUAUACUUAUGAAAAUCAGAUAGUACUCCUGGUUUUUUUUUUCCAAUACUGGUGAGACCUAUGAAAUUUAUAGCAUAAAAGUUCUUUAAUGAGUUAAAUAAUGUAAUGAUCAAGUGUUUGUGGUUCAUGUGUGGUUGUCUUUCAUUUGCUUUAACUAUGAGGCAUUCCAUGUGUUUAAUAUUCUAUCGUGGCUCACAGGGGGAGUUGGAGGCACAGCUGCUGCAGGCAAACCCCAUCCUAGAGGCUUUUGGUAAUGCAAAGACUGUCAAGAAUGACAACUCGUCCAGAUUUGGCAAAUUUAUCCGGAUCAACUUUGACAACUCUGGGUACAUUGCUGGUGCCAACAUUGAGACCUAUCUCCUGGAGAAGUCCCGCACCAUCCGGCAGACCCGAGAUGAGCGCACAUUCCACAUCUUUUAUCAGCUGUUGGCAGGAACCAGCCAACAAGAGAAACGAGACUUCAUCCUUGAAGACCCCAAACACUACAUCUUCUUGACACAGGGCAAGAUCACUGUGGCAGGAAUUGAUGAGAUAGCUGAAUUCCAAGCCACUGUGAAGGCCAUGCAGAUCAUGGGCAUGAACAACGAUGACAUCCAGUCCGUCUUCAGGACUGUCUCUGCCGUGCUGAUGUUCGGCAACAUGCAGUUCAAGCAAGAGCGCAGCAAUGACCAGGCAACAUUACCUGACAAUACUGUGGCACAGCAGGUGGCCCACCUCCUGGGACUCAAUGUGACAGACAUGGUGCGUGGAUUCCUCAAGCCCCGCAUCAAAGUGGGCCGAGAGACUGUCACUAAGGCACAGAACAAGGAACAGUGUGAAUUUGCUGUGGAGGCCAUUGCCAAAGCUCUGUAUGAAAGGCUCUUCAAGUGGAUUGUGAUGCGCAUCAACCGCUCCCUAGACCGCACCAAGCGCCAGGGAGCUUCCUUCAUCGGCAUUCUGGAUAUUGCUGGCUUUGAAAUCUUUGCCAUGAACAGCUUUGAGCAGUUGUGCAUCAACUACACCAAUGAGAAGCUUCAGCAGCUGUUCAACCACACCAUGUUCAUCCUGGAACAGGAAGAGUACCAGCGUGAAGGCAUUGAAUGGAAAUUCAUUGAUUUCGGCCUUGACCUCCAGCCAACCAUUGACCUCAUUGAGAAGCCCAUGGGUAUCCUGGCCCUGUUGGAUGAGGAGUGCUUCUUCCCCAAAGCUACAGACAAGAGCUUCAUUGACAAGCUCAACACCUCCCACUCUGUCCACCCCAAGUACUGCAAAUCAGAGUUCCGUGACAAGGCUGACUUUGCCAUUGUGCACUAUGCUGGGAAGGUUGAUUAUUCUGGCCACCAGUGGCUCAUGAAAAAUAUGGACCCCCUCAAUGAAAACAUUGUGUCACUUCUGCAAACUUCUCAGGACCCAUUUAUGGUGCAGAUCUGGAAAGACGCUGAGAUUGUGGGCAUGGCACAGCAGGCAAUGGGUGACAGUCACUUUGGAGCACGCACCAGGAAGGGAAUGUUCCGAACUGUGAGUCAGCUGUACAAGGAGCAGCUCACCAAGCUCAUGAUGACACUCAGGAAUACCAACCCCAACUUUGUACGCUGCAUCAUCCCCAACCAUGAAAAGCGGGCAGGCAAGAUUGAUGCUGGACUUGUUCUUGACCAACUGAGGUGCAAUGGUGUCCUGGAGGGUAUCAGAAUCUGUCGCCAGGGCUUCCCGAACCGCAUCCCCUUCCAGGAGUUCCGGCAGCGCUACGAGCUACUGACACCCAAUGUCAUCCCCAAGGGCUUCAUGGAUGGCAAGAAGGCUUGUGAAAUGAUGAUCCAGGCUUUGGAACUGGAGCCCAACCUGUACCGCAUUGGACAGUCAAAGAUCUUCCUCAGGGCAGGUGUGCUGGCCUCCCUAGAAGAGGAGCGUGACAUCAAGAUGACAGACCUCAUUGUGCAGUUCCAGGCAUACUGCCGAGGCAUGUUGGCCCGUAAGAACUAUCAGAAGAGGAUCCAGCAACUGAAUGCCAUUAGGAUCAUCCAGCGGAACUGUGCUGCUUACCUGAAGCUGCGAAACUGGCAGUGGUGGAGACUGUACACUAAAGUGAAGCCAUUGCUACAAGUGACAAAGCAAGAGGAGAAGCUUGUGCAAAAGGAAGAAGAACUAAAGGUAGUUCAGAAUGUCCUGGAGCAACAGAAGAAGUCCACCAAAGAUUUGGAGGUCAAAUACCAGCAGUCACUGCAGGAGAAGAAUGUGCUAGCAGAACAGCUUCAAGCAGAGACAGAACUGUGUGCUGAGGCAGAAGAGAUGCGAGCACGUCUGUUGGCCCGCAAGCAAGAGCUUGAGGAUAUUCUGCAUGACAUGGAAACACGCCUGGAGGAGGAGGAGGAACGCACAGGUAGCCUUGCUACUGAGAAGAAAAAGCUACAGCUCCAAAUUCAGGACCUAGAAGAACAGUUAGAGGAGGAAGAGGCUGCUCGUCAGAAAUUGCAGCUGGAGAAGGUUCAGUGUGAUGGCAAAAUUAAGAAGCUGGAGGAAGAUUUUGCUAUUUUAGACGAUGCCAACCAGAAGCUACUGAAGGAGAAGAAACUGCUUGAGGAGCGGUCCUCAGAUGUGUCCAGUACGCUUGCAGAGGAAGAGGAAAAGUCCAAACAUCUCAUGAAAUUGAAGGCUAAGCAUGAGUCCAUGCUUACUGACCUCGAGGACCGUAUUAAAAAGGAGCAGCAGGGUCGCUCCGAGCUAGAGCGAGCAAAGCGCAAACUAGAGACUGACCUCAAUGAUCUUAAAGAGCAGCUCAAUGAGAAAAAGAAUCAAAUCCAUGAAGUGCAGAUUCAUUUAGCCAAGCGAGAGGAGGAGCUGGCUCAGGCCAUGAUGAGAGUAGAUGAAGAAGCUGCUGCCAAAAGCCAGCUCCAAAAGAGUAUGCGUGAGGUUGAGUCACAGCUCAAUGAGUUGCAAGAAGAUCUGGAAGCAGAGCGUAAUCAACGAGCCAAGGCUGAAAAACAAAAACGAGACCUGAAUGAGGAGCUGGAGGCUCUUAAGAAUGAAUUGUUAGACUCUUUGGACACCACAGCUGCUCAACAAGAGCUUCGUAGCAAGCGUGAAG